AAAUUGGAAAAAUCAUUGCUGCUAUUGUCAUCAGUGAUGUCAUUGGUAUCAGUGGUAUCGUUAAUAUCAGUGGUAUCGUUUGUGUCAGUGGUAUCAUUGUUAUUAGUAGUGUCAUUUGUGUCGUUA